ACACGCAGAGCUUCCGCUUCUUCUUCCUGCGACGGAACAAGGAAAAGGAAAAAAACCCAAUUGCACACAUAUUUUGUUAAUUUUCCUUGACCUGGCAGUGUAGGUGAGCGCCUUUUCUAUUGUGUCCGGAAAAAAGGCGCUUCAAAGACUUUGAUAAUUCGAUGGACUUUCUUAGCCAUUAGGACUUUUCAAGCGAACCAUGAAGCACAUUGUCGAAUCAAAAGUGAUGUGAUACGGAUAGUGAUAUUGUUUUGUGUCUAGUGAAGAAACUAUUUUUUUACUUCAUUCCGUGAUAGGAAUUACUCCGAAUUUAACCUCUAACCCCAGAAAACUAACGAAGCCGAACGUGAUAGCAAAAUGAGCAUUCUCCGAGCUCAGACGAGUGAUGAGCUGGAAACCGUUGAGGCUCAGAAUUCACUGUUCGAACUGCUGUACGAUGGGUCGGCCCGUGCCGUAACGACUCGGGUGGGCCAGUUCGUAUACCGCCGGGUGGACAGUGUGCUGUCGAUCGUGGAGAAAACGGCUCGCUGGAGCCUUCCGCAGGUUACGCUGGUUACGGCAAACGAUGACCCGAACAAGAUCAACAUUACGGCUCCUCCUUUGAUUCGGCCACUACCGUGGCUGCUGUUUCUUCCGGCGCUGAUCGCACUGCGGCUGAUUCGCGCUACACUAUCGUUUCUGGCGCUGAUGCUUGGGCAACCCCCGGUGGAUCCCGUGACGAUGGUAGGCUUCCUGCAGAACAAGCGCAGAAAGCUGCGAGCGCUCAAGUAUCACGGCCAACGGCUAAACAGAAUCAUCCGAGUAGAGUCGUUAAUGGACGAACCUCGACCCACCUGGCUGGAUCGAGUUGCCUUGCCCUUCCGAGGGGUGAUUAGCACCAAAAAACCAGCACUGUUGCGGGCAAAUCAUAAUCCGUGUGAGAAGCAUACAGCUAAGAAACAUAGUACCGAAGAGCGGGACGUUGAGGAUAGUGAUGACUCGGUGGAAGGGGCAGUUUGUGCAGAACUGCUAAAGAAGUACGCAAAUGUUGACGAAGAUUCCAGUUUCAAUGAAAUUAGUAACGGUCAUAUCAAGUCUGCCACCGACCAUGAAGAUCAUUUAGAAAGCCAUGAACCACCUCGACCACCACCACCAGAUAGAUGCAAUUUAAGCCUAGCAGUUGCCUUGAAAGCACAAAUAUCCCUGGGAGCAUCCAAUUCGUUCCUUUUCUCCGGAAGCGUGGUACAACCGAUUCCGAUGUUCACUAGCAACCUGUAUGGGCGCUAUUUCUGUCAUUCGACUUCAAAAUUUGCUAAAUCUACUAACGAUAUUGAGGAAGCUUUUAGCGAAUCUUCAGACUCGUCUAUUUCCGAAAAAUCCACCAGCGAAGCUGAAACGACACUGGACGCACCGGAAGCUAUUUUCCACGAAAACGGCAUGAAUGGCCACGGAGAAAGCGACAAGCCGAAAGUAGCGUCAGCUCAGCCGGCCGACAGCACUAAGGAACCGGAAAAGCCCCAGGAAAAGGCAUCGCUGAACAUCAGCAAAGAGCCCGUCCCGAUCCUCUCCCCCUCGAUUGAGCGGGCCGUAGAGGCAAUCGCCGAAAAUGGAUCCUCCGAAUCGGUGGUGGCCAGCGAACCGAAGCAGGACUCGAAAAGCAAAACUACCGCCGUACCGCCCCCUGCCAAAACAACGGUCGCCGCUGUUGCUCCCGAAGUGGUUGCCCCGAACCCGAAAAGUCUCACGAACACGAACACGAACAGCAGCAAUAAGAGCAAAGUACCGUCGGUCCCGUCGGGUGAAAUGAGGGACAGCACCCAGCAGCGGAUGUUGCAGAACAUUGAGAACAAGAUCAAGCAGCUCAACCCCCAGCCGGCUCCCCUGCAGCCACAGAACCAUCAAUCAGCAAUCACGGCGAACGGCGGCAGUGGUGGCACGCGGAAACAGAAGAGACCAAAUCAGAACCACUCAUAAGUUUAACACUUUUAAGAGGAUUCAUCUUUUUUUUUGCUGGUAACUCGACGGUUUAUUCUUCAUUCUACUCUACUAAUGCUUAAUGAUUGUCUAAUGGAUAUUUAAUUGUGGAACUGAGUGUAACAUUAUUUGAUUUAUUUACAUGAUUCGAUAUGUUUCUUAACCGAGGAUUGCUGGAAGAUUGUUUUGUCGUAUAAAAUAUAGCACGUA